AUGGCGUCUGCACUCGAUACAUCCGAUUUCUUGGCGAAACUGUUCGACUUGCCGACCUCGACCGGUAACUUGAAUUUGCCGGGCGCUACUGCCGAAAGCGCCGAGGCUCUCAUCGAGCUGCUUAAGCAUAAUGCUCGACAUAAUCACGUUUAUUUCAGCAGCGAGAAGCGCCAACACAACCAUGUCAUGGACCAUCUGUUCGCUGCUUACGGCUUAGGGGCUUCGCCUGCUCUCCUGAAGGAGAUAUACGCUUCACACCGCUAUGAGCAGCCAGUCAAGUCAAGCCCACAAGAGAUCACGGACGAAACAUUCUUUCAGCACAUCGGAGACGAGAAGUACUAUGGCGCCUAUCUCGUGUACUUCUGCCGCUAUCUCCUCUCACACACGCCUACGGAAGCUAUCCAGAAGUUCAUCCUCGCCGAGGAGUACAACUAUGCCGAUCCUGACUUCAACGACCCAAAUAUGUACAUCAGGUACUGGGCUGGCAUCAUCCAUCCUCAUAUUCAUCUUGGAUACGGUAUAGAAUUUGGGGUUCUUCAACAGAUCGCAGAAGGAUUGGCCAUGACAGCCGUUCAUCAUCCUCACCAAGGCAUGACCGAAGUGGACAUGUUCGCAUCUCUCGAAGACAAGAAGAUCAUGCGCGAGAUCAAGUCUGUCUUACUGAACUUUGAGCUGGCUUCAGCCAUCGUCAUUGAGCGCACAACAGCGCCCAGGAACUUCCUUGGGCUUGCCAGCGCCCUCUUGUCAGAUGAGAGCUUGUCGCUGGAGUCUCUCGGCUUGAAGGGUGGUGUACCGGUGGGAGACUACGGGAUUACCCUCCGUAGCGCCGGACCUCGCAUCGCUCGACAUGUAGCUGCUUGGUAUGACGCUUGGAUGGACGGAGUACCCGCAGACAAGGCUGAAAGCCAGUUGGCUUUGAUGGUCGAGGAUGUGCUACUUACCGUGACGACCUGGUACGCGGCCGCAGGCUGGGGAAAGCGUCGUCCUGACCAGGUCACGCACAAUAGCUUCAUCGCCAUGCACUUCGUGACUAGCAGCAUGUUCUUACCCAACCUUGUCCUUGCGAACUCCAGGCAUUACCAGGCGCUCGAUCCACCGCUCCCGCUCCGUAGUCGCGCCGCGCUCUUGCGAGGUUUCGUCAACCAGUGUGCCCACUGGUACGUGGGCAUGGGACGAGCACCAGUACCCAUCGCCGACUUUUACUCGGCUACGGACAACUUCGUCUUCUCCAAUGCCACUGCUCUGGAUACGCGGGGAGCCGCUCAGCGCAACAUGGGUACUAUGACGCAGACAGAACGCUACUCCUCACCGGCGUCUGCUUGGGCGCGUAUCUGGCCCAGCAUCAUUGUCCAUCCAAACGAGCACCUGGUCAAACUCAUUCGAGCGCUCGGAGCUUUCUCGCAGAUGUACGGCGUCCGGGGUAAGGGCUUCUACGCUGGCGCGGCUAGCGCACAUGUCGACGCGGGUGCAGUGGAUGGGACAUUAUUCGUGCGGGCGGCGGCCCUUACGAUGGAGAAGAUGGGGUGGGUGGCUGAAGGCGAACCAACCCGCGUCUGGGAGUUCAAUACAUAUGUUCCGUCGAAGAUGGGUCCUGGCGGUCCAGGCGGUCCUCCGGGUGGACCAUCUGCUUGA